GUCACCAGAAAUUGCAUCGAUACACGAGGGGAAGGGGAGCAAGUUUCACUCAGUUACUGAGAUCUGUUUCUCAAAUUUAAAGCAUGGCGAAGCAGAAAACAAAGAAGUUUGCGGCAAUGAAGAGAAUGAUUAAUCUGAAAGAUCAUAGAAUAAAAGAGAAAGACCGAGCUAAAGCAAAAGAGAAAAAGAAGAAAGACCCCUCAGAGCUUAAGGAGAGAGAAGUGACAAAGUACCCAUCAUGCCUGUUCUUCCAGUACAACACUCAGCUCGGUCCACCAUACCACAUUCUCGUCGACACCAAUUUCAUCAACUUCUCUAUCAAGGCUAAACUGGACAUUGUUCAAUCUAUGAUGGAUUGUCUGUAUGCCAAAUGUAUCCCAUAUAUCACAGACUGUGUGAUGGCUGAGAUUGAGAAGCUUGGAAUGAAGUACAGAGUUGCGCUCAGGAUAGCCAAAGAUCCAAGGUUUGAGCGCCUGCCGUGCACACACAAGGGAACAUAUGCCGAUGACUGUUUAGUCCAACGGGUAACACAGCACAAGUGUUACAUCCUGGCAACUGUGGACAGAGAUCUUAAGAGAAGAGUCAGGAAGAUCCCCGGCGUACCCAUCAUGUACAUCUCAAACCACAGGUAUAAUAUUGAACGGAUGCCUGAUGACUAUGGUGCUCCAAGAUUUUAAUAUUUUUACAGCUGAGCUGCACCUGUAAAUGGACUGAAGUUUCCUGUUUAAUAUUAUUUUCCUUUUAUGCAUAUUGAAAAUGUUGUUAUGCUUUGAAGUUUGAUUUGGUGAGGAUGGGAUGGGGUGAGUUUGAUAGAACUGAAAACUACUUAAAGUGUUGUUUUUCUUAUAAAAUAUUUUGUUUCAAGAAUAAAUUAACUGUUGCAGUGCAUGUUCUCCUCAGUCUUCAGUUUUUUUUCCAACUCUCAAAAUAUAUUGAAGUUUUCUAUAUGAGCAGAUACUAAUUUAUUAUGAGAUAGAUAAAGAAUUUGGAGUUCAUAUUUUACACUGUUGUUUCCCUUUAUCCUGUUUGAAGUUUGACUGUAACUACAAUGGAAAUGUGUUUUAUUGCUUGUUUUUUCCCCCCCUACAGUUUAGCCAAUUGAAAUGUAUAAUAGAAAAUAUGGAAUAACUCAAUGUAAAUAUAACACUAGUAUAGCUUGACAGAUUAAUCCUUAGUUAAGUGGAAUGUGACAUUACCAUGUUGGAAUUUAAACUGAUGUUAAAAACAAUGUUUUUUUUACUCUUUGGCAUCCCAUAUAAAUAAACAACAUUGUCUCUUUUCAAUA